AUGACUCGAACCAUAAAUUGGUUGUCUUCUUCUUCGUCGCAGCGCAAUCACCAGAGUGGAUCGAUGGUCGCAGCAUCCGCCACGAACUGCCUCCUCCUCCUCCUCUUCCUCUUCUCCUUUUUCCUCCUACCGUGCACGCCGGCUUCCUCUGGCGCCGACAUCGGCUUCCCGCUCUCCACCAGCUCCAGAUGGGUCGUCGACGGCGCGGGGCGGCGGGUGAAGCUGGCGUGCGCCAACUGGGCGGCCCACCUCGAGCCGGCGGUGGCGGAGGGGCUGAGCAAGCAGCCUCUGGACGCCAUCUCCAGGAGCGUCGCCGCCAUGGGCUUCAACUGCGUCCGCCUCACCUGGCCCCUCUUCCUCCUCACCGACCCUUCCCUCGCCUCCCUCACCGUCCGGCGCUCGCUGGACGGCCUCGGGCUCUUCGAGUCCACCGCCGGCGUCCGCGUUAACAACCCCGCCCUGCUCGAUCUCACCCUCCUCCAGGCCUUCCAGGCUGUUGUGUCAAAUCUAGCAAGCAACAAGCUGAUGGUGAUACUGGACAACCAGAUAAGCAAACCAGGUUGGUGCUGUAGUCGGUACGACGGCAAUGGAUUCUUCGGGGACAAGUACUUCGACCCAGAUGAAUGGCUGAAAGGCCUGGAGAUGAUGGCAACAAUCUUCAAUGGUUCAUCCAGUGUUGUCGGCAUGAGCUUGAGGAACGAGCUCCGAGGGCCAAAGCAAAACAUCAGCCUCUGGUACAGGUAUAUGCAAAGAGGUGCAGAGAUCGUGCAUUCGGCAAAUCCAAACAUCCUUGUCAUUCUAUCUGGUCUAGAUUAUGACAAAGACCUCAGCUUCCUGUCUCGAAACCAGGUGGAUCUAAGCUUCAAAGGAAAGCUUGUGUUUGAGUACCAUUGGUAUGGGUUCUCAGAUGGUGGCAACUGGACUGCCGACAACCCUAACCAAGUUUGCGCGAUGGUAAUUGGAAACAUCACCAGAAAAGUAGGAUUUUUGCUGGAGCAAGGCUGGCCAUUGUUCCUGUCUGAGUUUGGGGUUGAUCAAAGUGGGGCAAAUGAGGUUGAUAACAGAUUCCUCAACUGUUUCUUGAGUUAUGCAGCUGAGAAGGACAUAGAUUGGGCUAUUUGGGCAUUGCAAGGAAGUUACUAUGUGAGAGAAGGGCAAUUAGGGUUUGAUGAGACAUAUGGACUUCUGAGCUGGGACUGGUGUAAGCCCAGGAAUUCCAGCUUUGUUCAAAGACUUGCUGCCAUCCAAUAUCCAUUCCUAGGUCCUGGCCUUUCGAAAAAUUCACCAUACAAUGUCAUAUUUCAUCCAAUGACUGGCCUUUGCAUUGUGAUGAACUCUCAACUGAAGCAAAUUCAGCUGGGACAGUGUUCUGAAUCCGAAGCCUGGAGCUACACAAGAAAGCGAAAACUGAUGCUGAAAGGAACACAGUUUUGCUUGCGAGCUGGAGGUGUGGGCAAACCAGUGAAACUGGGGACAAGUUGCAAGGAUAGCAGAUCGAGAUGGGAACCGAUAUCCGACUCGAAAUUGCACAUUUCAUCCAAUCUUACAGACCAUGGCGGUAUUAUGUGUUUGGACAUCGGAGACAGAGGUGUUAUCGUGACCGAUCUCUGCAAGUGUUUAAGCUUAGAUGGAACUUGCAAUCCUGACAGCCAGUGGUUCAGUAUCGUAAGAAGCAAUAGGGAAGUAAAUGGCCUAAUCUUGAGAAAGUUUCUUCCUCAAUUCAUGGCAGUUGAGCAAGGAAAUUCCCUAGCAUGACUGUUAAUCUGUAUGAAGCAAUAAAUCUAUGCAAAAUAUUUGUAUAUAUAUCAUCAUCAUCAUUAUUUUUUUCCACUUUUAAUAUUCAAUAACCCUAAUAAGACUCACUACUAGAAUAUAAUUGUCUCUCUGUUUCAUCCAAUUUGGUAUAUUUUUUCGCUGGUUGGGAGGUUGACUCUAGAUGAGAUCAAUAGAAUUAGAUACUUGGCACUGGUUUAAGUUGGUCAUCAACCUUUUCUUCCCAAUACAGAGCCAAAAUGUCUUAAACAAGCCAAUGCAUCAGAAAAACAAAACUGCUUUAGGAUUGAGCUUCUGCUAAUGUUGUACUCUUUUGGCAGGGAAAUGAUGUGCGCACUCAGUAUUGAUCAGGAACAAGCUAAAUUGGCAAGAGAACCUUUGGAGCAAAAACAAAAGGAGAAUAAGAUUCAGACAGAGAUUCUUCCAGCAAAGAAGUUGUACAUAGCAGAAGAUGACCCAAUCAGAUGCUAUGAUUGAUGAUCGACUUGGAAUCGUUAAAUUCUUGCUUGGUUUUCGGAUCUUGAACAAAUGGACCUGAUCGAUUGUUCUCUUUCGUAAAAGAACAAGCACUUUUCCUUGUUUGAAUUCACUGAAAAGUGCAUAUUGCCUCACGAGUCAAGUGCUCUAGUUUCAUUAUAGAUCUUUCUCAUGCAUCUGCAAUCUGUGGUCUGGUUGAAAGGUUGUCACUUAACAAAAGUUCCUUUUGAUUGGGAGUAGUUCUUCUCUUUAUUGAGACAUAUUGCAUUUCCAUCAUUAUGAAGCAGUAGUUUGUUCUAUCCUCA